UCGCCGAGUUCUGUCAGUGGCCUCUCGGACACGGAAGGAUCGAAAGUGGAGAACGUUCUGCGGUAGAACGAAUGUUCCUCCAGCGCCUCGACGUCCCGAGGCUUCGUCGCGCUCACGGCGCGAUUUGCACGGUAAUUAAUUAAAUCGCGAGAGCGGUCGAUCAACGCGGGUGUUGAUGUGCGCGGAAAAUGCGAUGGUAGAACGAAAACGCAUCCUGCUCCUCCAAGCCACGCUCGACGUACCGUGACGUUCGUACGCGUUCACGUGUCAAUACCGCCGAAACGUCAAAUUAAACGUUCGAUCGGAGUCUUUUUCUCACAAACGCGCCUCUUCCGGAGAGAGAGAGAGAGAGAGAGAGGGACGCAGUCACUUCACGUUAUCGCGGAUCUACGAAUGUAUCAGUUCCUCCCAGCAUCCGCGAAAGACACCCGGUUCGGCGUGUGACAACUUUUGGCACAGCAUGACGGAUCACACGAUGUGUCAUCCUUGCCAAAAUGAAUGAGAACAUGGCGAGCAAUAUAUUUCCUUUAUUUACUAAUAGAUUACACUUGUCUCCUAUUUUCCUGAUAUAUACGGUAUUACGACAACGCAUUAACGUAAAAACCUCUUUAAUACCUUGAUGCCCUAAAUGGGGAGGCGAAAGAAAGGGGAAGUCUCCGGGGACUUUACUUAGCUGCGUAUUAAAAUACACGCUAUAGCGCUAUACGGCUAAUCAAUAUUACAAGAAGAAAAGGAAACUGUUGUUAUGAUGCCGUAGAAGUCGUUGACAUUGCCGGGAAUCACGUGGACACUGCGAAGUUGGAAUAUGUGCCGGUCGGUCGACGCUGUUGGGUCUCAUUAAUCCAUCGGCGGAAACAUGCUAUCGGAAUGCGGCGGGCUGGUGCACUUCAAGAAGAGACUAAAGCCUUGCAAGCAACGGUCUCGAAAACUAAUUCGCGUUUUCGGAGGAUAAAAUGAGCAAAAGUGUGGAGUUACUCGCUGGAUCGGAGGACAGUGAGCCAACAUCUACGAGUAACACUUGUGCCCAAGAGAGAUCCAGACUGAACUUGAACGGGAGCCGUCAGCUCUCGAAAAGCGCCACGGAGCUCCGGGACAGCGAGAUCGUGAACAGCUCGCCAUCGAGGCGGGGUGAUGGAUCGGGCGAGUCCGGUACCGUCCAUCAUCGGCAUCAUCGUCAUCACGGCACGGUGGCACAGCGCACCCAUACCUUCUUCGCGACUCUGAAGAGUCGCUGGGCGCGCAGCAGGAGCAAGGAACGGAAGAAAUCUAAGGAUGCCGGCAGCGUGCCGGACGCGAGCCAGCUCAAGAAUCCUGGUAUCGAGUCCGACUAUGCCGCCGAUUACUCCUCCGAGCACAGCAGAAGUUCAUCGGCUACUCAGAGCCCGGCCAGGCACUGCCUUAAUCGUCCAGAAUCUCCGUUGGCACGCGGUAGCCGAGAAAAGCCUGUGAUCGUGCAAGAGGACGUCGGAAAAUGCGGUGAAGGAUUCUCCAAAGGAUCCGUGAGCUUUCAGAAGGAAGGGCAUAUGGGCGAGGAAUCUCAGGAUGGCGACACCUUUCUACAGGACGAGAUGACGCGAAAGAGAGAACAGGCAUUGAGACAACAUGCCUUCUUCCAACUUCGUUUGCACAUAAGAAGAGGCGCAAAUCUCGUUGCGAUGGACAGAGGCGGCGCCAGCGAUCCUUAUGUGAAAGUAAAAUGCUCAGGGCGAUUGCUGCACAAAUCACGAACCGUUCAUCGUGAUUUGAAUCCAGUGUGGGACGAAAGUGUCACCUUGCCUAUAGAAGAUCCUUUUCAACCACUUACUAUCAAGGUUUUCGAUUACGAUUGGGGUCUGCAGGAUGAUUUUAUGGGAGCAGCUAUGCUGGACCUUACGCAACUCGAUCUUGGGCAAUCUCAUGAUAUAACGUUAGAACUUAAAGAUCCGGACAGACCAAAGCAACAUUUAGGUGAAAUCUACCUGACCGCCACACUUUGGCCAAGAAAUCAACAAGAAAAAGAACAGUGCCCCAUAUUGCAGUAUUUUCAGAGAACUAAUCGAUUGGCGGACGUGAAUAGACGACUGAAAUCACAGAUAUGGAGUUCGGUGGUGACAAUUGUCCUCGUCGAGGCAAAGAAUUUGUUACCGAUGGAUAUAGAUGGCUUGUCGGAUCCUUACGUGAAGUUUCGACUCGGCACGGAAAAAUAUAAGUCGAAAGUGAUUAACAAAACAUUGAAUCCAAUUUGGCUGGAGCAGUUUGACCUUCAUCUUUACGAGGACCCGUAUCUGGGACAAGAGUUGGAGGUGACGGUUUGGGACAGAGAUAAAAGUCAUCAGGAUGAUCUAAUGGGCAAAACGGUGAUCGAUCUAGCGACUCUCGAACGAGAGACCACGCAUCGGCUAUGGCGCGAACUCGAGGAUGGUGCGGGCAAUAUCUUUUUACUUUUGACGAUAAGUGGCACAACAGCUAGCGAGACAAUCAGCGAUUUGGCCGUGCACGAGGAAACGCCAAUGGAACACGUACAAUUAAUCCAACGGUAUUCCAUUAUGAACACUUUGCAGAGGAUACGCGACGUAGGUCACCUGACAGUGAAGGUAUAUCGUGCGCAGGGUCUUGCAGCUGCUGAUCUUGGUGGUAAAAGUGAUCCUUUCUGCGUUUUAGAGCUCGUGAAUUCUAGAUUACAAACGCAAACGGAAUAUAAAACUCUCGCGCCAAAUUGGCAGAAAAUCUUCACCUUCAACGUAAAGGAUAUCAAUUCUGUCCUGGAAGUGACGGUGUACGAUGAAGAUCGUGAUCACAAAGUGGAGUUUCUUGGGAAGGUAGCGAUACCGUUAUUAAAAAUUCGUAACGGCGAAAAACGAUGGUACGCGUUGAAGGACAAGAAAUUGAGGGGCCGCGCGAAGGGCAAUUGCCCUCAGAUUCUUUUAGAAAUGACCGUCAUAUGGAACGUGUUCAGAGCGUGCGUUCGGACGCUUAAUCCAAAGGAAAAAAAAUACAUGGAGCCGGAAGUGAAAUUCAAAAGACAAGUCUUUCUGCGAAAUGUCCUCAGGCUCAAAGCUAUCAUCGUAAUAUUUAUCGACAUAGGAAAAUACAUACAGAGCUGCUGGGAAUGGGAAAGCAAGAUGAGGAGCAUCUUCGCUCUGGUCAUUUUUAUUCUUGGAUGUUACUACUUCGAGCCAUAUAUGAUACCGGGCGUGGCAUUAUUGAUCCUUCUAAAGUAUUAUCUGCUUAGCGGCGAGAGGAGCGGGUUCAAUCAUUGGAUUUGCGGACAGGUCGCUGUGGUGACGGGCGCACCUUUAAUUUAUGCAACUUCCCAGUUUCAAGAUCACGCCGCUGAGAUCGGAUCCGAUGAUUGUCCACCAACGCCCGGAGAUGAUGAUGAUGAUGAGGACGACAAGGAUAAAGAGGAGAAGAAAAGUCUGAAGGAGCGUUUACAGGCGAUUCAAGAGGUGACGCAAACAGUCCAGAACUCGAUCGGUUAUCUGGCUAGUCUUUGCGAGAGGGUGAAGAAUCUCUUCAACUUUACAAUUCCCUAUUUAAGCUACUUGGCGAUACUGCUGACGAUUGGCGCGGCGGUCGUACUUUAUUUAAUUCCGAUUCGAUAUUUAAUCCUUGCCUGGGGAGUCAAUAAGUUCUCUAAGAAAAUCCUCAGGCCUCACUCCGUGCCCAACAACGAGCUCCUCGAUCUUAUAUCCAGAGUGCCUGACGACGAAGAAUUACUUAAUUAUAGAGAACUAAAACCCGUGCCGACGGCGGAUUGCAGUAGUUCAGGCAGUCCCAGUUCGAACGCGGCGCGAAGAGAGCAGAGAAAGAGACACAAGGCGGCGUAGCAGAAUAUCCCGCGGCCGGAUGUCGCGGGUCCAAGGUCAUCCAGUAUCCUUAAAUCGGUCCUGCUGCGCCGGAAGUUGCGACAGCGAAAAGGAUCAGCGGAAAAUACGGAUGUAACUAACGUAGACUGAAUAUUCGUUCAUUUUGUAUCCUCCCUCGGUCGUGAGAGCCUCGAAUCUAACGUCAGUCGUUAGCGAAGGUAUCGCACGUGGUGUGCCUCGAAGGAAAAAAGAGAAGAGAGAGAGAGAGAGAGAGAGAGAGAGAGAGAGAGAGAAAGAGAGAGAGAGGAAAAAUAAUAAUAAUGUAAAAAUUAUGAAUAACGAAAAACAUUAACGCCGAAAAAUUAAAUUUACUUUGGAUGUACAUUUGUUACGCCAUGAUGAGAAGAAGAGACUUUUACGCACAGGAUAAAAUAUUAAGCACUGCGGUCAUAAACAAACGAUUGAUGAUCAUGUGAUGCAUCUCGGAGUGUAUCACAAUAAAAGAAGCUAUAAAAAGACGCAAUUAUGUAUUGGAAUAUAUAUUGUAAGAUAUUAUACAGAAUGUAAAACACGUUGUAGAAUUAUACCUAAUGCAUUGACAAUGUAUAUAACAUAUAUUGUAUAUUAAAAUGACAAAUUGCCAUUGUCAUUACAAUUAAUUAUAAUGAUAUAACGAAUUAUGUGAUCACGUCGUUUCUUUUCCGCAGUAGCUUGGGGAUUUUAUUGUUGUCGUUUUUUAAAACGUUUGACCAUAAUUAAUACUUUUCUUCUCUUCCAUUGAAUAAAUUGAAAGUAAAACUAUUACAUAAAAUUUUUUAAUGUAAACGCACGAUAGUAAGCGCUUCCUAUUCGAAUUGUCUGGAUCUCUAUGUUAAUGAUAUGUGAUUAAUGUAACACCAUGAUCAGUGAAGAAAAAAUUGCAUAACGUUUUAACUUCUUCCAUAUUACUUUUUUAUAUUAUAAUCACUUCUGACAGACUGCAUAAUUACGUGCGAUAUUUCUAUAGUCGAGUCUCUAAAAAUACAACAAUUUAAGAAGUAAAUUUAGAGACACUUCAAGAUUCAUAGAAAUAUAAAAGUAAAAAAAGUAAGAAUAGGUAUUUAAAAGAUUUAUUAAUUGAAUUAUUUAAAUAUGCAAAAAACAGAAAUAAUGAAUUAAAGACCAACCAGCCAUUAAUUCAUUAUUUGUAAAGCCAAACAGCCAAGAAGAAACUAGUUUUCUUAAAAUUCAAUUUCAAAUUAAAUCAAUUAAGUAGUAACUUCUUUUCUGGUCAUACGAUUCAGACAAGAAGAAUACAAUAAUUUCUUUAAGAUGAUCUCCUAAGUAAUAAACAGAGAGAAGGAUAGUGAUAAAAGGAGGCAUAGGCAAGUUUGAAAGUAUUCAAUGUUAAAAGUGAGAGCCACGUUUCGAGCAUAUCAAGGAGAGCAUGGAACGUGUGUUCUUAAAAAAAUUGAUAAAUUAAUGAAGCUAGACAUUUAAACAAAAUGCGAUGAUAUUUCCCUUAGGGGAACGCUCGUCAAUUGUUUCGUCCAUCGGUGUUGUUAGUUAGCAAUUAGAAACUAUUAUGAGGGAUAGAGAGAUGUAAGAGCCAGUAAAAAAAAAAAUAUAUUUUCCAGGACACAAUCGUCCUAGAGUUCCCGCAGAAAGUACACGUAACUUCGCGAAAGGAUUAUUAUAGUGGAUUUCAAGUUAAUUCAGUCACGCUUUUCUUAUAGGUAGCAAAGGGUUAGCUUUUCUAAAUUACUUGCGGGGACUCCACGAAAUGUCCGCUAAAACUAUUGAAACGAAAGGAAUUGUGUUGCGGUAUUUGUAAGUAAUAAUUUUAUAGAGACGCAAAGGGGCUUAGAAAGAAACACACGGCGAAACUUCCGCGUUAACUCAAUAUAUUCGCGCAUGCGGUUUUGCAAAAUCGCAUUAGGCGUACUUACAUACGUUGCGUGCGAUGGUUCUCUUCUAAAGCGUCUGACGUUACUUAAGUUUUUAUUCCAACGCACAGUUUUUACCCGAUAAGAUGAGAUAGAGGGAGAGAGAAAGAAAGAGAAAGAGACGGAAAGCGCGUAUUACUUAUAUGACGGUAACUUGUGUGCGAGGAAAAUCGUUGUUGCGAGAAAAGCCUUUUCAACUAGAACUUACCUAAAUCACGGCGCGUGUAUUUUACAAUGGCGUUUGGCAUUUGCAAAGACACGCGGUUAAAUAACGUUAAGAGACAUGCAAAUCUGUGCAACUGUUUUCUUAUCGCGCGGAGAAACAAGUUUGUUGUACUGCUGCUAUUACGAUUAGCGAUUUUAACAUGCCUUUUCAACAUGCGGUUAUGCAAUUGUCGUUGACCUAACUUUUUUUUUCUGUUCGGUGCGCAUUUCAUUUCUGUGUUAAUACUUUAUGUCGUUCUAAAUUGACAAAACUAUGGUAGAGAUAUAUGAAACAACUGAAGAUACCUAUCGUAUUAUAACACGUCGUAACAUGCCAGUAAGUUUUUAGUGGAAGUCUAAUUAGCAGUCUAUAUGCAAGAGUUUAUAUGCAUAUUAUCUUAAAUUUACAUUCGGAAAAUGAAGAAUAUAUCACUCGCUACGUUAUUACAAACAUAUGUUAAAGGCAUUCCGUUCUUCAGAGGUGUAAAUUUAAGGCAGUUUCAGAACAUAAAUUUUAUCCUUGCAAGCCAAUUACACUGGUAAAUACUGUUAUUACUUGCACUAGUAUUUCUAUGUGUUAUUUUACGGACAGUUACUUAUUCUCGUACGUAAUAUUUGGUAAUAUUUAGUUAAAAAAUAAUAUUAUCUUAUAAUUGAAUUGCUUUGCCAGAAAAUUAGAAUACUUAUUUUUAUUUUAUUUGUCCAAAUAAGAAUUACCGUUAAUUGCAUAAAUAAUAUAUAACUAAAAAUUUCAAAAUUAUUUUGAUAAGUUAAAUAUAUAGCACAUUUUAUUGGUUCGACGUGGAUAUUAUAAUGCGAUUGUGAUCUGUUUAAUUCUAUUAAGAGAUUUUGAAAAAUAUUCAAGAACAAUAUACAAUAAUGACAUUGCAUAUCUAAAACUAUAUAAAUAAAAUAUACAUAUAAAUACAAAUAUCAGUUUUUCAAAAAUUUUGAAUAUCUCGCAACAAUGCAGAUACAGACCCGAAUGUUUUCUUUAUUACAAUUUCUCAAUCAAUUUGAAAUAAAUUUUUCCUCAAUGAAAUCGACAAAUGUAAUAUUAUUCAAGUAAUAUAUUUAGAAUAACAAACAGUUAAAAAUAUUUGUGAGCUACAUUUCAGGAAAGACAUUUAACAAAAUUAGCUUCAAUCAAGCUUUAUUAAAAUUUUCAUUUAAAAUUCAAAAAUGUUUUAUAAAUUGAAAAGUUACAACAAAUGAUGAUCUCUAUACAUUGAUGGAGAAAAUUAUGAUUGAGAAAAUAUUCGGAUUUUGGAAUACAUCGUAUUUACAAAUAUGUCGAAGAACGUGUUAAUUAAUAAAUAUAUGCGGCAAACAUCUCUGCGAAAUGUCACUUCGGCGACCGCAGUCUCGUUGUGCAAAUGCAUUUGCUCGAAAAGGCGAAUACUGCGUAUGAAUAUUUAUUUCUAGUCGCAAUUUUAAUCGAUUUGUGGCCGGUUCGCGAGAAAAAGAAAGAGAGAGGAAGUAUGAAAGAACGUGAAAGAAUGAAAGAAAGAGAGGGUAUAUCGCUGAUCCAUUUUUCGCUUUUCUAAUUGUAUACUAUAGUCGUCACACAUACACACAAAUACAUACACACACCGUACAUACGUCUUUUUCCAAGUCUUUUAUCUUCGACUUACUCAUUCUCAUGCUAUAUAAGCGCCUCGAUGAUCCUUCCGGCACAGCAUUGAGACUCUCGUUAUGGAGCACAACGCGGGGCGCAUUUAUUCCACACACAUUUACACGUAUAUACACGUAUUACAUAACAUACAGGAUAUGCAACAACCGUCAGUCGUUUUUCUCAGAUUGUUCUUACAAAGUCCUUGGCUAUUUUGGAACUGAUUUUUCCUGUCGAUGAAAAUAUCGAUUCUACUUGUAGUUUUUUUUUUUUUUUUUUUAACAAUUGAAUUAUUGAACUAUUGAAAGAACCUCUAGCGGAUGAAAUUUCGGGAUAGAAAAAUAACAUAUUCCUCUCGCUCAGCUUCUCAAAAGUGGAGAAUAAAUAAUUAAUAGGAUUUUUAUUUGAAUAUGAAACUAUCCAACGUUAAAGAUCGAAAACGUGCGAUUAAAUAAAGUAAAGAACGAUUUCCUUCGAUAUUCUCGCUAAGGAAAAAUCUCCAAAUGAACCAAAGAAACUGCGGUUAUAGGAUAUCCAGUGAUUAUGGGACCUGUGCACACACCGCGUUACUUUUUUCGUUAUUAAAGGCCUAAGGGGCGAGUUCUAAAAAUACGUUACAUAUUACAAUAUUAUGUAUUAUUACAAAGCUUUAUGCCCAGUCUACAAUGAGUCGUUGGUCGUUGGUCGUAAGAAAUUUAACCAAUUAUGUUCGGUUAUUCUUCUCUAAGAUCAACUGUGAUUGGUUAAAUUUCUUACGACCAACGACCAACGACUCAUUGUAGACUGGGCAUUACAUCAUCUAGUCAACGAACAUAUACGAUUUUACGAAUAACGAAACAUAAACAUCCAAGAUACCUUGAAUCAUUUCUCAAGCUUCCACUUUAUAUAUCUUUUCUCAGGUUUCUGUUUAAUCUUAACCAAUUAUUUGAUUUUUAAUCGCGAUACUCAUUACAUUCCUUUAUUCCCAUUAAACGUUAUAUCACUGCAAGUGUACUUAUUCGAAGUUAAUUACAGUUGAAAGUUUAAAAUUUAGUAUUUUCUAUACUGUUAUUUAUUUUUUAAUGUCACAAAUCAUAAAGAGCAAUAUAACUUUAAGAUCGUUUCGAUUUAUAAAAAUUGUUUCUUUUAUAAUUGAAAUGCUAUAAUUAAUGCGCAAAAUAUUUUUUAUUUUAUUUUACCUACAGUGUAAUGACGGGAAAGUGAGAUCGAAUAAGAAAUUAUAUAUUUUAUUUUACCUACAGUGUAAUGAAGGGAAAGUGGGAUUGAAUAAGAAAUUCUAAGUGGAAAAGCUUCAGCUUGUUCGCAAAUGCUUCCUUAAAAAGUAACAAAAAUUUAAUUAAAAAUUACUAAGCUACAGCUUAAAUAGUAUUGUAUUCUCUUGCCAAAUAGUCUCACUGUAAACCCUGAACGCAGAUGUUAUUUCACAUAUUUUAAUCAUAUAAAGGGAUGCAAUAUAUUUUCAUAAAUUAAUUUGUAUACCAAUUUUAUCCCCAUAUAUACACUUUACUCAGAUUAGUUAUCUAAAUUCGUAUCAAAAUAUAAAAGGAGGAAUAUGAUAGAUUUUAAUUAUCAAAAACGGUACCUGUGCUGAAAUAUAGCGUCAAUAUUAAUCAAUAUCAUUGCAAAUAUGCAGUGAACAUUUCACAAAUUUUGAGCUCGAUUUUUAACUAUUCCUAGUCCUUUUCUACUCUUCCAAUUUUGUACUUCCACAGAUUUUAAGAUUUUAUCCUCUUUCCACGAUCGAUACAUAGCUGUUUGUUUUCCAUUUUAUUGUCUUAUUGUUUCUCAAAAUACAAGCUGCAAUACGAGCGACACAAGAAUACACAUGUAAUAUGCUUCAGAUCAACAGUAAAGCUCUAUUCUUGAAAAAAAUCGAAGGUCAAAAUGUUUAAUCUUAGCACAAAAGUGUAAUUUGUACAGUUUACAUAUCGUUACUUUAAAUUACUACAUCAGAUUUCGAUAAUCUGUUGAUUUUCAAAUUAAAUUUUUAAACAAAGAAAGAUUUAAUUAAAAAUUAGUAACUCAAAAUUAGUAAAUUUUUAACUGUCGAUUCUCCAAGUUUCAAAUUAAAGAGCUUAUUUUCAAACUGUCUUACAUCCUUAUCAAAAAGUAAAUAAAUUCGAUAUUAAAAGGUUACGCUAUUAUGAAGCUGUGGAAUUAUAAUAUUUUAUGUAAUAAUAAUUUCCACAGCUUUGUAACACUAAUUUCUGAAAGUAUGGAUUUAAGACAGUUUGAGCGAAAAAUAAGCCCUCCUAUUUCAUUUGCUCUGUUUUAGUCUAAAAAAAUAUCUUUUCAAAAUGAAACGGCUGUGUCUGAGGAAGACACGUUCGUAUUAUCAAUAUGCAUCUUCUUAGAGAACAGCUUAUAGACAUGCAACAGACACUCUUAUACAUACGUACACAUACAUACAUACAUACAUACAUACGUACACACGCGCACGUUCGAAUUUGCAUGCUCCGGUUUCUUCGUGUGUUAUUUCGAUCUUCAUUCGGGUGUUUAGUCAUUAAGGGGAAGAUAUGGGAGAAUCGCGAACAUUUACGAGGGUCGCGUACGUUUUCCUGAAUUACGCUGGCCGCAAAUAGAUCGCUUAAGUCAGUCGAAAAACGCUCCGCACACGUUUGUCUACUUCCUAAUCGAUGAGAGACAGAGAUACUUAAGGAAUUUAGAUAGAGAACGCAAAUGUGAUUCGAUCGUCGAUCUAAUAGUGAGCGAAGGGAGUACGUAUCGAGGCGGAAGGUUACGUUUAAGCCUUUCCGGAAGAACUCGAUCGACAUGGGGCUCGUUAAUUGCGCCACAAUUGGAAUUGGGCGCAGAGCGGAAAACGCGAAUGCGUGACGUCGAUCGAGUUCACGCCGGUGUCCUCGACCAACGUUCUCGAUGUUCCGAUGAUAAGAUACUUACGACAAAGCGUGAUAAGAAUCGUUAUUAUAUUCAUAAUAUGAAAAGGGAUACAAGAAAUUGAGAAAUAAACGAAGCUUUUAAUAUC